UUACUAUUUCUGGACAUGAUGGUGGUACAGGAGCAAGCAGUUGGACGGGAAUGUGAAAAGCAUGCUGGUCUUCCUUGGGAACUUGGUGUUUCUGAAACUCAUCAAGUUUUGACAAUGAAUGAUUUACGCUCCCGCAUUGUACUUCAAGCUGAUGGACAAAUAAGAACUGGUCGUGAUGUGAUGGUUGCAGCUUUGCUAGGUGCAGAUGAAUACGGCAUGUCUACAGCACCUUUGAUCGUUCUUGGAUGUACAAUGAUGCGAAAAUGCCAUUUAAAUACAUGUCCAGUUGGAAUAGCUACUCAGGAUCCCGUUCUACGAGCAAAAUUUGAUGGAAAGCCAGAACAUGUCGUUAAUUAUAUGUUUAUGGUAGCCGAAGAUGUUCGUUAUUUUCUUUCGAAAUUGGUAUUGCGAGAAGUGAGGGAAUCUGUUGGAAGAGUUGAUUUACUUUAUGCGGUUCCACAUCCGAUGAACAACAAAGCAACCUUUCUAGAGUUUGCUCAAAUUUUGCAUAAAGUUUCCUUGCAAUUCCCGCAGAUCAAUAUAAAAGGUGGAUCGAUAAAACAGCUGCAUGAAUGUAAUGAUUUGGAAACUGAUAUAAUAGAAAAGGAACAAUUAAUUAAAUUCUUUGAUAACUCUUCAAAAGUUAAACACAUCAAAGAAAGAAUAAUAGGUAAUACAAACCCCUGUUUUGGUGCUCGACUUACCUACGAGAUUUUUAUUCUUUAUGGAGAAGAAAGGUUGCCUGAGGGGCAUUUAUUGGCACUUAAUCUGGAAGGAGCUAUUGGAGGGUGA